UUUGCGUUGUCACAGCACCCUGGCUGCCACCUCCCCAACCCAAGCGACAACGGUGAAGAUAAACACAUCCACUCGAUACACACUCCUGCAUCUGCACCAUGUUCUUUCUCGCAGGUAGAAUACAUUUAUACUCCUAUCAGCUUGACGCGUAAUUUCGGCGCGAUCGUCCCAAAAUAAACGCUUAUCGCGUAACCAGACGCGCGCUCAUCGCAAUCCAGUGCCUGUGUUGAUCACUGAACGGAUGGAUUAUCUCAAGUCUGACUUUCUGUGUUGGAUUUGAGAGGUACGGGAUCCAGAGAAGCCAGAUGGGAUUGUUUACAGCACCAACGCGAGGCCCGGUGGAGGAUGAAACACGGGCUCUGAAUGUGCCCAUAUAAGCUGCUCCGAUCAUCACUGCAACGAGCAGCGCAACGCAUUUCCCCGUGAUUCAGUCUCCGAGUGAUGCGGUAGUAUUUUUGGGUCGUCUGAAUCUGUUUAGCUUUGGUGUAUAUAUCCCAUGCGGUAGCCAUAGCAAUGGUUUGCUUGGGCUGAAGCUGAAUGGGCGCACUCUGCUGGAAAUGGAAAGCUUUAACCCAUUUUAGAUCACUGAGGUUCAUUGUUAAACAUAGACUUUGGAGGAACAUCACAUGUCAUUAAGUGGUCUCCAGAUGCGAUGAGGCUUCCCCUGAUCUGUAGGGCCCAUCUCUGCUAGAGGAAAACACUGAGGUUCUGGAGAUACAACAAUGCCGAGCUCUCGCCUCAACGCCGGCUCCGUGGACUACUGGGUGGACGGAUCACGUCGAGAUGUUUCAUUGGAGGAGUUUUACACCGUGGGUCCAGAACUGGGAAGGGGGGCCACAUCAGUUGUGUAUCGCUGUGAAGAGAAGCAAACAGAGAAGCCCUAUGCAGCUAAGGUUUUGAAGAAGACUAUUGACAAGAAAAUUGUGAGAACAGAAAUCGGGGUUCUACUACGUCUUUCCCAUCCGAACAUUAUUCGCCUGAAAGAGAUCUUCGAGACUAAAACAGAGAUCUCUCUAAUCCUAGAGCUCGUCACCGGCGGGGAACUUUUUGACAGGAUUGUGGAGAGAGGCUACUACAGUGAACGAGAUGCUGCUCAUGUAAUCAAGCAGAUCCUGGAGGCAGUGGCGUACUUGCAUGAAAAUGGGGUCGUUCACAGGGACCUCAAACCAGAAAACCUGUUAUAUGCUGAUCUGUCAAUAGACGCUCCUCUCAAGAUAGCUGACUUUGGACUCUCCAAGAUAAUAGACGAGCAAGUUACGAUGAAGACAGUGUGUGGUACUCCUGGCUAUUGUGCUCCUGAAAUUCUCAGAGGCAACGCUUACGGCCCUGAGGUAGACAUGUGGUCCGUGGGAGUGAUCCUGUAUAUACUGCUAUGUGGGUUCGAACCGUUUUUCGAUCCGAGAGGAGACCAGUACAUGUACAGCCGCAUCCUCAACUGUGACUAUGAGUUUGUCUCCCCCUGGUGGGAUGAGGUCUCCCUCAAUGCAAAGGAUCUGGUCAGUAAGCUUAUAGUUCUGGACCCUCAUAAGCGUCUGAGCGUGCAGCAGGCUCUGGAGCAUCCAUGGGUGCUUGGCAAAGCAGCACGCUUCUCCCACAUGGACACCACGCAGAGGAAACUGCAGGAGUUUAAUGCUCGCCGCAAACUGAAGGCUGCCAUGAAAGCUGUGGUAGCAACAAGCCGCAUGCACGAGGGCUCGAGGCGUCGCACCGACAGCUGUGAGAUCCCCAGCUCUGACAAGAACUCACGGCAAUGCAGCUUGGCAAAAGAUGCACCCAUGGACACCCAGAGUGAAUCUGUGAAUCCUGUUGAAGAAGACAUGGUAAAGACUGAGGAGAAGGAGGCAUCACAUGACCCAAGUUCCCCCAUUCACGCCUCCCUGAGCCCCAAACCCUCCACUCUGACAGUGGGAACCAUGCCCACCAGGCCACCCUUAAAGGCAGAGGGGCUGAGACAGACCACGGUCAUGUCCAUGGCUCCAGUGGUCCGGCCCAGGGUGCCAAAGAAAAGCUGCUCGGUGGAUCCUGGGGUUAAGCAUGAGCCCUUGCCGGUUCUCGCCAGCCCUCCCAGCCCUAAAAGCAUGAGCAAUGGCUUUGUUGAGACUGGAAACAGCACAGCAGAGUGUCAAUGAGUGCUGGUGAUCCAAAGGAAUCCUGAAUAAUGUACAACCGAUCAGAACCCAUGAAGCUGCUCGGAUAAGUGGUUAUAUGUCUUAAAAUUAUACCAGAGUCCAGUUUACUUGACUUACUACAACUAGACAUUUGAAAUGAUCUGGAAAACCUCCAUUAAAGACACAAACUGUGUUCAAGUAAACAGCAUUGUUGUUGGAAUGGCACGUCUGUGGGUAGAUUGUAGCUGAUACUGUAGAGAAAAGGCACAAUAUAAUAAUAAUAAUAAUAAUAAUAAUAAUAAUAAUAAUAACAGACAGGGGCCUAAAAAAGAUGUUUCUUUACUCUUUCCUGUUUACAAAUGAAUUGAUCUUUUGGCUUUAAAAAAAGUUAAUUCUUUCUGAAAAUGCAAACAUUUCCCCUAAUGCUAUGAAACUAAUAGAGUUAACUAAUAGACAGUGUAACGAGCUUGUUCGCUUUGCAUGCAUGUACAUGGAAGUGAAUUUCGUAUCUUGGGAUUCAUUUCUGUAUUUUUUAUAGAAUGUGCAAACAAAUUAAGAGACUAAUGAUCAUGGUUAUUUUCUUUUAACUAGCAGAGAGGUAAAAAGAAUAAAUGUGUUCGUGAAAUUAAUAUUGUAAAUGUAUAUCUUUUUUUUUUUUUUUGGAUGAUCGGACCUAAGAUUUAAGGUUUAUAUUGUGUAUAUACUGUUUUAAAGUAGAUAUAUAAAUAUUAAAUUAUCCUUACAAUAAUUUGCCCAUCAAGGUUUUCGUAGCGGUCAAGAAUAGCAUCCUUUCCAAUAUUCAGCUGAAUUCUGAGUAUUUCUUUUCCUGAAGCAUAAUCAUUUUUCUUUAAAGGAAAUAUUCUAAUGACUAGAAGUGAUGGCAUUCUCCAAAACCUUUCUGCUUGACCUAUUUACUCAUAACCAUGUACAACAGAAUGUAUAGAACACCGCUACAUAAGCUUGCAAGAUUGUAAUGGCGUAAAUUAUGUUAAGCCUUUAGCACCACUCAUGUUGCCGCUGUGUUUAUAUUCUGUUGUGGCUUUUCUCGUUUUCUCUCUCUCUCUCUCUCCUCUCUCUCUCUUUCUCUCUCCUUUUUCUCUUUUAAGAUGUACGUCACAACCACACUUUCUACCUCUUUCUAUGCAGGGGCUUACAACUUCCCAAAUACUAUUUUGGAAAAAAAAGAUAAAAUGUCUUCAUAUUAAGCAAUGACAGAAAUGAUCUUAUUGGCAUAGUGGAAGAAUAUAUUAUUGACAUUUAUUGCAGUAAAUUUAUCUGCUUCUAUGAAAACUGAACAAAAAAAAGUAAUGUAAUCAUUCACCCAACAUUACAUUAUUCUGCUGCAUUAACAGGAGCUUUGUACAUACUGCUGACAUGCAUGGCAAAUUAUCAUCACUGAAAUACACCUAUAUGAUUAUGUGUGAUAUUUUACAAUUAAUAUACAUCACUUAGAUAUGCUGACUUCAAUAAAUAGCCUACAAGCCAAUGUAGAUGCUGUUUGUGUUUGAUUGAGAAUUGUGUUUUCAUGACUAAUAAAUUGAGUUAAUAUUUUUUGUGGGGGUUUUUUGUGUGGAAUGUAGAACUU